AUUUCGUAGUUGGGGGUCCUGAGGGUCUGUGCGCAUGCGUUGGAGGCGGUAGGGCGGGCCCGCGUGAGCUUCCUGUGCCGAUCCCCGUCGGUCCCGGGUCUCUCCCCAGCCCCGGGGUCCCGUCGGGAUGUCGGAACAGGGAUUCGGGCAUGUUAAUGCGGCCGUAUUGGUGCGACCUGGGAGAUCCGCACUGUGAGAGCCGCCUCUCGCUCCCGAAGCGCCAGACCGCAUUGCCUCAUCCCUUGGCCUCGCCGGAGACACGGAGUGGGGUGCUGGGUCUCCCCCUCAGUGCAUAGGCCAUGAAGAUUAAUCAGGACACUGUGCUGCGAGGAAAGAAGGUGACGCUGGUGCCCUACACCGCUGCACACGUGCCCCGGUACCACGAGUGGAUGCAGUCAGAGGAGCUGCAGCGACUGACAGCCUCGGAGCCCCUCAGCCUGGAGCAGGAGUACGAAAUGCAGCGCAGCUGGCGUGAUGACGCUGACAAGUGCACCUUCAUCGUGCUGGACUCGGAGCACUGGCCUGGGCAGGCAGAGGAGAACUCCAUGGUUGGGGAUGUGAAUCUCUUCCUCACCAACACCGAGGACCCGACUGUGGGCGAGAUUGAAAUCAUGAUUGCAGAGCCCAGCUGCCGUGGCAGAGGGUUUGGCAAGGAGGCAACUCUGCUGAUGAUGGCCUACGGAGUGAGAAAACUGGGGAUUACCAAGUUUGAGGCUAAGAUUGGUCAGGAAAAUGAAGCCAGUAUCUGCAUGUUCAAAAAGCUUCACUUUAAGGAGGUUGCUGUAAACAGCAUUUUCCAGGAGGUGAUACUUAGGCUGGAUGUCAGUGACCAGGAGAGACAGUGGCUCCUGGAGCAGACAAACCACGUGGAGGAGAAGAGUUACACUGAGCUGAAGCAGCCUGCUGGGGUGCUGGACACCUGACAGAUACCUCCAGACCAGCUGGGUUUCCAGGGAGAAGCUGGAUGUUGUUGCAAGGCCUGGGUGUGGAGGACACCAGAGAGCCAACACUGGAACUGUUCUGUCUCCUUCAGCUGCUUUAUCAUCUUGUCAACUUUGCACUUUGCUCUACCAGCCAGGAUUACUGCCUGAAAUUUGGACCUGGGGAACAGCCAUUAACUCAUAGGUUUGGCUAGGAAUGACUCUGAUUUUGUCUUGCUGUUCCAACAGAGCCUAAAAUCACCAGCAGUUGAUUCCUGGACAAGCAGAAACUUCUCCCACUGCUCUUAAAUCAGGAUUCAUCAGCAAGGAGGUUUCAUAUACUGGCAGCUCAUUCUUUCUUACUCUUGAAUAAAAAAUUAAAAACCACAAA